AUGGCAACUCCUACAACACCAACAUCAAGUACCCCAGGUGCUAGUGAACGGCGUUUAAGAAAAGAACUAGCUGAACUGAACGUUGCACCUCCAGUUCUAUCAGCUGGUCUUGUUGAUUCAAAUAACUUAACAGAAUGGGUGGCUGUUAUUGAAGGACCACUUGAAACACCUUACGCAGAUGGUCAGUUUAAAGUCAGUCUGUUAUUUACGGAAUUAUAUCCACUGAAACCACCUCAAUGUCAGAUGAUAACAAAAGUUUAUCAUCCGAAUAUAAGUGAAAACUUAGGUGAAAUAAGUUUAGACGUAUUGAAUACGUUGUGGAAGCCACGAACAACCGUAAAUGAAAUAUUACAAGGUAUUCACGAUUUAUUAAAACAACCGCAUGCAGAAAAAUGUCUUGAACCAGCUAUUGGUGAACAAUACCUAAAUAAUCAACCAGAAUUUGUUCGUCUAGCUAAAGAAUAUACAGAAAAGUAUGCUAAACGGCCAGAAUAA